AUGAGGAGGAAAGGACGAUGUCAUCGCGGUGCUGCAGCGAGACACCCUUCCUCCCCGUGCAGUACUAAGCACUCCCCCACGCGAGAGACCCUGACCUACGCUCAGGCCCAGAGGAUGGUUGAGAUAGAGAUCGAGGGGCGCCUCCAUCGGAUCAGUAUUUUUGAUCCCCUGGAGAUCAUACUGGAAGAUGACCUCACGGCUCAAGAGAUGAGCGAAUGCAACAGCAAUAAAGAAAAUAGCGAGAGGCCACCGGUGUGCUUAAGAACUAAGCGCCACAAAAACAACCGAGUCAAAAAGAAAAACGAAGCCCUCCCCAGUGCCCACGGCACGCUGGCUUCGGCCAGCGCGCUUCCUGAGCCCAAGGUGCGGAUCGUGGAGUACAGCCCGCCGUCCGCCCCCAGGAGGCCCCCGGUGUACUACAAGUUCAUCGAGAAGUCGGCCGAGGAGCUGGACAACGAGGUGGAGUACGACAUGGACGAGGAGGAUUACGCCUGGCUGGAGAUCGUCAACGAGAAGCGCAAGGGCGACUGCGUGUCGGCCGUGUCGCAGAGCGUGUUCGAGUUCUUGAUGGACCGCUUCGAGAAGGAGUCCUACUGCGAGAACCAGAAGCAGGGGGAGCAGCAGUCCCUGAUCGACGAAGACGCCGUGUGCUGCAUCUGCAUGGACGGCGAGUGCCAGAACAGCAACGUGAUCCUCUUCUGCGACAUGUGCAACCUGGCCGUGCACCAGGAGUGCUACGGGGUGCCCUACAUCCCCGAGGGCCAGUGGCUCUGCCGACACUGCCUGCAGUCCCGGGCCCGGCCCGCCGACUGCGUGCUCUGCCCGAACAAGGGAGGUGCCUUCAAAAAGACGGACGACGACCGCUGGGGCCACGUGGUGUGCGCCCUGUGGAUCCCGGAGGUCGGCUUCGCCAACACGGUGUUCAUCGAGCCCAUCGACGGCGUGAGGAACAUCCCCCCGGCCCGGUGGAAACUGACGUGCUACCUCUGCAAGCAGAAGGGCGUGGGCGCCUGCAUCCAGUGCCACAAGGCAAACUGCUACACGGCGUUCCACGUGACGUGCGCCCAGAGGGCCGGCCUCUACAUGAAGAUGGAGCCCGUGAAGGAACUCGCGGGCGGCGCCGCGACCUUCUCUGUCAGGAAGACCGCUUACUGUGACGCCCACACGCCCCCGGGCUGUACGCGGCGGCCUCUGAACAUUUACGGGGAGGUGGAAAUGAAAAACGGUGUCUGUCGAAAAGAGAGCUCCGUCAAGACGGUCAGGUCCACGUCCAAGGUCAGGAAGAAAGCCAAAAAGGCGAAGAAGACGCUGAGUGAGCCCUGUGCGGUCCUGCCGCCCGUGUGCGCCCCGUAUAUCCCCCCUCAGAGAUUAAAUAGGAUCGCGAAUCAGGUGGCCAUUCAGCGGAAGAAGCAGUUUGUGGAGAGAGCCCACAGCUACUGGCUGCUCAAAAGGCUGUCGAGGAACGGCGCCCCCCUGCUGCGGCGACUCCAGUCCAGCCUGCAGUCCCAGAGGAGCACGCAGCAGACGAGGGGCGUCAGGUUGGCCUCCCGGGUGCUGCUGUGCACGGCAGUCUUCGAGGAUCCGGCCGGGCUCUUCUGGGCUGGCCUUGAGCGCAAGGUCCCUGUGGGCACCUUCCCGGGGACCUUCAUGGCGACCCCCUCCAGAGCCUGUUCUCACCGUCCUGAGAUCCUGGUUUGGGUGAAGGUGGAGCAGAUGGCCCUGGAGCUGCGGCUGACGCCGCUCACGGUGCUGCUGCGCUCCGUGCUGGACCAGCUGCAGGAGAAGGACCCGGCUCGGAUAUUCGCCCAGCCGGUGAGCCUGAAGGAGGUACCAGAUUAUUUGGAUCACAUUAAACAUCCCAUGGACUUUGCCACAAUGAGGAAACGGUUAGAAGCUCAAGGGUAUAGACACCUCACUGAGUUUGAGGAGGAUUUUAAUCUCAUUGUAGAUAACUGCAUGAAGUACAAUGCCAAGGACACGGUGUUUUAUAGAGCCGCCGUGAGGCUGCGCGAUCAGGGCGGUGUUGUUCUGAGGCAGGCCAGGCGCCAGGCCGACAGCAUCGGCUUCGAGGAGGCCUCGGGGAUGCACCUGCCUGAGCGGCCUGCCGCGGCCCCUCGGCGGCCUUUCUCCUGGGAAGACGUGGACAGGUUGCUGAACCCAGCCAACAGGGCCCACAUGGUCCUAGAGGAGCAGCUAAGGGAGCUGCUGGACAAGCUGGACCUCACAUGCGCCAUGAAGUCCAGCGGGUCUCGGAGCAAGCGGGCCAAGCUCCUGAAAAAGGAGAUCGCGGUCCUUCGGAACAAGCUGAGCCAGCAGCACAGCCAGCCCCCGCCCGCGGAAUCAGGUAUUGGAAGCUUUGAAGAGGAAAGUGCUCAGCUGGGGCAGGAGACGGGGGAGGAAGUCCUUCCGAGGUUGGAGACUCUUCUGCAGCCAAGAAAAAGGUCGCGGAGCACCUGCGGCGACUCCGAGGUGGAGGAGGGGUCCCCGGGAAAGCGCCUGGACACAGGGUGUCGCGGAGCGGCUGGGCCCUCGUUCGCAGCCGACCGUCCAGGGGCCUCUUUAUCCCCAGACGAGAAGCCAGACGCCGCAGUGUCCUCCAGGGGAGAAUUGAGCGAGCCGGGCAGCUCGGUCUCUGGUCACCGUGCCCACUGCUGCUGCAGCGAGCGGGAGUCCUGCCCGUGGGGCCUGGAGGUGUCCUGUGGGAGCUUCCCCUGCCACGGCUGUGUCUUCGAGGAGUUGGUCUAG